AGAACGAGGCAGCAUAAAGCCAUUCUCGUUGUUCUCACGACUGUUUGUUUUCUUUUCUUGGACAGUACUUAAACACCUCAGAGCGCUCGGUCUCUGCUGUUGUCAGACAUCCCUGCCUUCUAUCGACUCAAUUGCUCUCUGUCGUCUUACUUGUUCAUCAUGAAAAUCGAAGGAAACACUUUCAUCAUCACCGGCGGUCUCGGAGGCAUUGGCAGUGCUGUCGCCAAGGGAUUCCUUGCAAAGGGCGGCAAAGCUGCUUUGUUCGACGUCAUUCCAGAGGAGAAGGGAGUUGAACUUGCGGCAAAGAUCCAUCCUACCGACGUGCUCUACGUUAAGGUCGACAUCGCAAACCAGGAGUCGGCCACCGCCGGUGUUGCGACUGUUGUCGAGAAGCUUGGAAGCCUCAAGGGCGUUGUUCACUGUGCUGCCAUCUCAGCUAAGCGACCGUGGUCGAACGACGUCUCCGAUUCGAUCCCAGACUUCAUCAAGAUGAUCAACGUCAACACUGUCGGUACUUUUAUCGUCGACGCAGUGGUCGCCGAUGCUAUCAACAAGCCCUACAACCACCCUCCCGGAGCUGCCUCUGACUCGGCUUCCACCUUCUGGACGACGGAGGAGGAGCGCGGCGUCAUCAUCAACUUCGCCUCGGCCGCCGGACACGGCCUCUACGCUCGCACUCUUUGCUACGGUCCCACCAAGGUUGCCGUUGCCGGAAUCACGCGCGCGAUGGCCGACUUCCUCGGCCCCUCUGGCAUUCGCGUCAACUCGAUCUCGCCCUCGAUUGUCGUCACGCCGAUGACCGCUGGCGCUGGGCUCGGCACCUACUUUGAGGAAGACCUCAAAGCACAUGCGGCGUUUCCACGACGACCGGUUCCUGUCGACGAGAUUGUUCGAACUGUCGAGUUCAUCGUCGAGAACGGAUACAUCAACGGCGAAGACAUCAGAGUAGACUCUGCCUGGCGUCUUGUGACCAACCGCGCUUCGGGUCUGCCCGAUCCCCGGUCUGUCGCGCCUGGUCUGGAGUAAACGCGUCUCUGCCUGUCAACCAAUCAAUUAUGUCCUGAGUCGGGCAAGAAGUAAACACGCUAAAAGAGCAACUAGAUAUGAAAGAUAAUUUAUUUCCAUUAGUCAUUCAUUAUCUAAUAUAUCAAAUAAUAUGCCAUCCAAUAAAGUUAACUCCGUUAAUCAUGAAUUAUUUCCC